AUGAAGCCUCCGGCCUACGACAACGACGACGACCAACUGCAGGAGCAGGACGCCGCCGUCGGGCCGUCGGUGGAACAGGUGUUCGAGGGGGAGCCGGUGCCGACGCCGUCGGAGAUGUUCACGGCGCGGUCGGUGGCCGUGGGCGUCAUGCUGGGUCUGAAGACCAGGGCGAUUACAGUAGUCGUUCUAGUUACAACUGACAGUCCUAGUCUUAUGCUAGCUAACAGAACUCUGAAGACUCGGCUGCUGACACUGGGCACCACGCUCAGCGUCGUGGCCAUCAAGCUGAGCCUCACCUCGGGUUACAUGCCGUUCCUCACCAUCCCUGCGGGGCUCCUGGGCUUCUUCCUCUCCCGCAUGUGGACGCGCCUGCUGGACGGCUGCGAGGUGCCGCAGCUCCCCUUCACCCGCCAGGAGAACACCGUGAUCCAGACCUUCGUCGUCGCCUGCUCCAACAUCGCCUACAGCGGUGGCUUCGGGUCCUACCUCCUGGCGAUGAGCGGGAAAGCGGCCGAGGGCGGUGCCGCCUACGGCGGCACCAAGAACGUCGACGAGCCCCGCAUCGGCCGGCUGGUUGCGUUCCUCUUCCUCACCAGCUUCGUCGGCAUAUUCGCUAUCAUUCCCUUCAGGAACAGCCUCGUCAUCCGGCACCACCUCACGUUCCCGACGGCGAGCACCGCCACGGCGCACCUCAUCAACAGCAUGCACACGCCCUGUUCGUUUGGCUGAUAAGACAUGACUGAAAGUUCUGUUGACUGAUUUAUUGUGAGAGAAAAAUAUUGUUCGUUGGUUGAAAAAGUAUGGCUUAUAAGCCAUGCGAACAAGGCGAAACGCAAGCAAUGCGUCUCACAAAAUCCCCCCUUCUUUUUCCACGCUACUAUAUAUAGCAAGCAGGUCUCGGUCAUGUUCAAAACCUUCGCCGGAACCGUGGGCUGGCAGCUCUGGCAGUGGUUCUUCGCCGGCGGCGAGGGCUGCGGCUUCCAGUCGUUCCCAAUCUUUGGCCUUACAGCAGCUGAACGUGGGUUCUACUUCGACUUCUCGAUGACCAACAUCGGCGUGGGGCUGUUAAGCCCGUGCACGAUCACCAUCUCCAUGCUCGUGGGGUCCGUGAUAUCAUACGGGAUCCUGUUGCCGUACAUCGAGUUCAUGCAGGGCAUCAUCGGGAUAUCCAUGGUCCUCGCCGACGGCGCCUUCCACCUGCUCUGCCUCCUGCUCCGGACGCUCCGCGCGAUGCGCAAGCGGCGGCACUCCCAGCUGGCCACGCAGCCGUUCAUGUGCCUCGGCGUGGACGACCGGCCGCCGGCGCGGAGCUUCGACGAUCGACCGGCGGCGGGCGCAGCCGCCGUCGGCUACGUCGCUCUGUCGGUCGUCUCCAUCGCCGUCGUACCCUACCUCUACCCGCAGCUGAGGCCCGCGCACGUGGCCAUCGCCUACCUCGUCGUGCCGCUGUUCACGUUCUGCAGCGCGUACGGCGUCGGCGUGACGGACGUGAGCGUGGCGUCCACGUACGGCAGGAUCGCCCUGUUCCUCCUCGGCUCGUGGGUGGGGCUCGAGAACGGCGGCGUUGUCGCCGGGCUCGCCGUGGGCAUCAUCGUCAUGUCCGCCGCCUCCACCGCCAGCGACCUCAUGCAGGUGUUCAGGACGGGCUACCUCACCCUCACCUCGCCGCACGCCGUGCUCAUCAGCCAGGUCGCGGGGACGGCGCUCGGCUGCCUGGUCAACCCGAUCAUCUUCUGGAUGCUGUACGGGGGGUACCACGACUGGGGCGAGGUCGUCGUUCCCCCGUACGCCAAGAUGUACCGUGAAAUGGUCAUGAUCGCCAUGUCUGACCAUGCCGGGUUUCCCAGGCAGAGCCUGCUGCUCUGCAAGAUCGCCUUCGCCGUGGCGCUGGCCAACAGCGUGCUCCGCGAGGUGUCCGCGCGGAGGGGGUGGCGCGUCGGGCGGUACCUCCCGUGCACCAUCGCCGUGGCAGUCGGGUUCUUCGUGCCGCCCAGGAUACCCAGCGGCAUGUUCUUUGGGAGCGUCGUCAUGUACCUGUGGAGGAGGCUCGACGCCGACGGCGCGCGCGCGCAGUCCAUGGCGGUGGCCGCCGGACUCAUCUGCGGGGACGCUGUCGGGGCGCUGCUGCAGUCCAUGCUCGCGAUGCUCAAGGCGCGCCCACCGAUCUGCAUCAUAUUCGUGUCUCGAAGCGAAACAAGAACCUGGAUGCUUACCUGGCGGCAUCACCCACGUCGUCCUAGUCUAGGGCUGGUCGUGUUCUUGUGUACUGUAUAUUAA